UGCUUCUUCGGAAGCAGAAACGUGUAAACGCUAUAAAACGCGGCGGCGCGGCGCGCAGCUCAGAGCGUGCGGCGGGACGGAGCUCUCCUCUUCCUCCUCGUCCUCUUCCUCCGCCGCCGCCUCGAGAGCCGCGCAGCGGGACAGGGCGCAGGCCGCGGCUUCUCCCGCAGCAGCGCAGCGCCGCGCAGCCAAGCCAGCCCCACCGACGGACUCGCGGCUCCGUGGCGGCCAUGGAGCACCGCGGCACCUCCCCGCUCCUCCUCGCCCUCGCCCUCCUGAGCGCCCUCUGCUGGCGGGCCCGGGCGCUGCCGCCGCGGGGGGCCGCCUUCCCCGCCGUGCCGCGGUUGGUAAACAGAAUGCCAUUUGAUGGAGCCAGUGAACCCGACCAUGCCCGUGGGUCACAAAAGUCUGAAUCAGACAUUUUGCAGAGCACACUACCUGAAAAUGAGAAAUUCUAUUUUGAUCUGUCCAGAAUUAUUGAUAGAAAUGCAAGGCAUGCUGAUGGAAUUUUCACCAGCGUCUACAGCCAUCUUUUGGCUAAACUUGCUGUGAAGAGAUAUCUGCAUUCGCUUAUUAGAAAACGAGUUAGCUCCCAGGACAGUCCUGUCAAACGCCACUCUGAUGCUGUCUUCACUGACAACUACAGCCGCUUCCGAAAGCAAAUGGCCGUGAAGAAAUACUUAAACUCAGUUUUAACUGGAAAAAGAAGCCAGGAAGAGCUAAACCCUGCUAAACUUCGAGAUGAAGCAGAACUUCUUGAACCUUCCUUUUCAGAAAACUAUGACGAUAUUUCUGUAGAUGAGCUGCUGGGCCAGUACCCACUGAACCUCUGAAAGAUGCCUGGUAAAGUCUAUGACAAGAACAAGUUAUUUUUGAGUUCCACAUAGUAUUUCAAAGAGCUGACUUUAGUCAUCAAACCAGAACAAAUAUGUUUGUGAAGUGAAAGUUGUGAUAUAUUUGUUUCUUAUGUAAUAAAAGUUGAUAUUUACAUUGUAAAUAUUACUCUAGAGUUCUCUACUGAAAGCUGUACAUAUGGAUGCCAGUUUAACUCAUGAGAAGUCUGUGAGUUGCAUAUGCUGUAAAUCCUUUACUUCAAUAAAUUUGAAAAUGAGUGUGCAGCUGAAGAGAGCCCAUCUUUACUAAUUAAUUGGCUCAUUCUGGGUGCAGUGCUACUUUAGAUAAACCUGUUUGAUCAGAUGGAUACAUUUCCAGAUUACUUCAUAGAAGUGUAAAAGUGUGAGAAAAAGAAUGUGCUAAGCUUGUACAAAUUACAUUAAAACAAUCUCUGAAGGUUGCUCCCAAGCAAAACGGUAUGCUUUUCUAGCAGCUUACCAGAGAAUGAGAGGAAAUGAAAAAACAUUACAAAAUAUUUGACCUUUGACAGAAUCUUUCCUUUUUCUUUCACAUUUUUAAUAUAUCACAAUAUAGAAAUUCUACUAAAACCGUUAAAAGGUAUCCUUUACUUUUAAUGAUGUUUUGGAUGCUCUGGAGCUGCCAAACAACACACGGAAGAAUGCUAUCCCUUGGUUUGUUUGAUGUCUAAAGUCAUUGUUUAUUCUACAUUUGAUUGUCUGUAGCUUUGAUGAUGAAACUAUUCCUUAUAUAUAAAAUAGAUCUGAAGACACUUUACUAUUUUUUCAGAAUGAAUGUAACUUACAAAAUAUGCAGACAAUAAAUCAUUUUAUUAUCACUGCAGACUAUUACUGGUUUGAGUCAAUUUAUAGUUACUUGGAACAGUAGGGAUCCCUAGCUAAGUGCUGUAUAAUAACAGAGGAAAAUAGUAUACUUGAACUGAUGUGUAUUAUACAUGUUUUUUGUAAUACACAUUAAAAAGACAAAGCAAGUAA